ACACAUGGAUUUCUCACAGGAAAUGCAAUUCUCUGUUCUGUCUGUGCGGGGAAUGUGGCGCGAGAGACCCAGGCAACGCUGUGUACAUAUUCCCUUUAGCCCUAAAAAUCAAUACAUAGUUUUCUUUCGUCUUUUUUAAUUCAACGUUUGAAGAAUUUUGCCAUUUGUGACUUCCAACCUGCAAGAAAUACAACUCAUCAAGGUGACAAUGCCUCGUAGACGACAGAGACAUAUGGUUGGGAGUGGUUCAGAUGGAACUGAAGACUCAGACUCCUCUGCUGAAAGAGAACAGACCAAUAGUUCAGAAAGUGAUGGGAACAUGCCCAAAAGACAGCGCCUCACCAGAGCCUCUACUCGCCUUAGUCAAAGCUCUCAGGACACUCCGGAUUUGAAGCGAACUGCGGACCAUGAUGAAUCUCCACCAUUGACGCCCACUGGAAAUGCUCCCUCUUCUGAAUCUGAGCUGGACAUCUCCAGCCCCAAUGCCUCCCAUGAUGAGAGCCAGGCUAAAGAUCAAGCCAGCAGAGACUCCGAUAAGGACCUCUCCCAUCGACCCAAGCGCCGCCGCUGUCACGAGACCUACAACUUCAACAUGAAAUGCCCUACUCCGGGAUGCAAUUCACUCGGUCACCUUACAGGAAAACAUGAACGUCAUUUUGCUGUAUCAGGUUGCCCUCUUUACCACAAUCUCUCUGCUGAUGAGUGUAAAGUGAAAGCCAUCAGCCGUGAGAAACAAGAGGAGGAGGUGAAGGGGCAGGAAGAAAACAACUCACGCCAUGCAACUCGUCACCAGACCCCAACAUCGAAACAGAGCAGAUACAAAGAGCAGGUGUCUGAGAUGAGGAAGGGGCGAAGCUCUGGCCUUCAGAAGGAGCAGAAAGAAAAGCACAUGGAGCAUCGGCAGACACACAGCAACACCAGAGAGCCUCUGCUGGAGAACAUCACCAGUGAAUAUGACCUGGAGCUCUUCAGAAAAGCCCAGGCUCGUGCAUCUGAAGAUCUGGAGAAGCUGCGUAUCCAGGGUCAGAUCACUGAGGGCAGUAACAUGAUAAAGACCAUCCUGUUCGGCCGCUACGAGCUGGACACCUGGUACCACUCGCCCUAUCCUGAGGAGUACGCUCGCCUGGGGCGCCUCUACGUCUGCGAAUUCUGCCUCAAGUAUAUGAAGAGCCAGACCAUUCUCAGGCGACACAUGGCCAAGUGUGUGUGGAAGCAUCCUCCAGGAGACGAGGUGUACAGAAAGGGUGGAAUAUCUGUGUUUGAAGUAGAUGGCAAAAAGAACAAGAUCUACUGCCAGAACCUGUGUUUACUCGCCAAGCUCUUCUUGGACCACAAAACGCUGUACUACGACGUAGAGCCGUUUCUCUUCUACGUCAUGACAGAGGCCGACAACACCGGCUGCCAUUUAGUGGGAUACUUUUCCAAGGAGAAGAAUUCUUUCCUCAACUACAACGUAUCCUGUAUCCUGACAAUGCCUCAGUACAUGAGGCAGGGCUUUGGCAAGAUGCUCAUUGACUUCAGCUACCUGCUGUCCAAAGUGGAGGAGAAGGUGGGCUCCCCCGAAAGGCCUCUGUCUGACCUGGGCCUCAUCAGUUACCGUAGCUACUGGAAGGAAGUGUUACUCAGAUACAUGUACAAUUUCCAGGGCAAGGAGAUCUCCAUCAAAGAGAUCAGUCAGGAAACGGCUGUCAAUCCGGUGGACAUAGUGAGCACCCUGCAGUCUCUCCAGAUGCUGAAGUAUUGGAAGGGAAAGCACUUGGUGUUAAAGCGACAGGACCUGAUUGAUGAGUGGAGAGCGAAGGAGAUCAAGCGAGGCAAUAGCAACAAAACCAUCGACCCGAGCUCACUAAAAUGGACUCCUCCCAAAGGGACAUAAGCACUAAGAUCCUCAGGCUACUGAAUCUACUCGACUCAGCCUCACCAGCCACACGUAGCCUAGACCUUCCAACUGUCCAUAAAGACCAGGGUUGAUUCUUUCCUUCAGGAUUUUACCCUCUUUAUAUUUCUCUCUCUGGACUUUUUUUUUUUUACUCUUACAUUUUACUUUCAUUUAGAUUUUAAGCACCAUGCUUUCCAAGUCCACUGAUUCUUUACUUAAACAUUGUCAAACAAUAAAUAGUAGAGCAUCUCUUUGUCCUAUUUGUUAACAAAGUUGCCUACAUGUACUAAGCUUUGAAUGUUAAAUGAUUAACGGUCCACUGUGGUGGAAAACAGGAUUGUUUUGCUUUGCUUAUGCAAAAAAAAAA